AUGGCGACUCUUAAAGGCGUCGUUACUGCAGACAGGACAAACCAAUACCUGCACCUGACGGGCCUCCGAGGAAUCCUUGUCCUUGAGAGUUUCUUCUGGACAUUCUUCGAAGUUUUCAUCCCGACUCUGGUAUCCCAAUUGAACCAAGGAGCAGAGUAUCAAGCAUUCCUGCGAAGAAUAUUCAGCGUGCCGUUCUGGAAUAAAGACCUGAUACACAACUUCAUCAUCAUUCUGUCCAUGCGAACAAUAUGCAAUUCCUUCCUGGCGAAUCCGACCGGACAGACUUAUGCCGCCACUGUGGUCCGGCGCAUAGUUCGAAUGGUCGUUAUUAUUUGCAUGGGAUCCGGCAUGGCCACCCUUAUCUUCACCCAGAUCGGGACUGGAUAUAUUGACAACUUCAAGACCGAACUGCCGAAUGAGAUAAUCAAGACUCCUGCGGUAGCACAUAAUGCAGUCGCAGCGCUCAACUCAUUGUUUAACCUGUUUUGGAUCACUACCGACUUCUACACCCAGGCAGCGAACACCUUCUGGCCAAAUGCCACACUGUGGGUGUCUUCUAUCAUCUAUUUCCAGUCGUUUACAGUGUACUUCUUGAUGGUUAUCCUGCCGUACACCCGUCCAAAAUGGCAUGUUCAGGGGAUAGGUCUCUUCGCCGUCGGCUCCUAUUGGAUGGCAUCGUGGGGUUGGUAUUCCGCGACUGGAUUAAUCUUCGCGGACAUCGCGAUCAAUACAACUCUCAAGGCUGAGCUGCUGAAGGGCCUCAAAAUCCGAGGAGAUUGGCGGGUUCCGUACUGGGUCGUCGCACUUGCGUUUGCAGCAAUAGGGAUUGCGCUCAAAUAUACAUGGGCCGUGCUACCCCAGUAUGUUAACAGCAUGCUUGUUCUCCAUCCUUAUCUGGACCUCUCGGAGAACUACUCGCCCCAGACGUUUGAGGCCAGCGGACCAUACGCCAGGCUUGACGACUGGUUCAUCAUUUGCGGGGUGAUGUUGGUGGUCGAGCUAUUCCAGAAUGUGCGAUACUUUCUCUCAUUCAAGCCGCUUGUCUGGCUUGGUGAGCGCUCAUUCAGCAUCUUUGUCGCACAAUGCAUUGUCUUCUGGACCGCGGGGAUCAAGCUCUGGCUUGCGUUGAGUGGCAAAGGCAUGAGCACGGCUGGUGCCAAUGCCGUCGUCUUUGUCGUGGGCUUGCUGGCAGUCGCAGUCUUCGCAGAGAUGUUCUAUCGCUGCGUUGAUCUUCCGUCGAGAUGGCUGGCGAAGAACACGUAUCUCUGGCUGGUGGACUGA